AUGUCUGAUACAGAAGAAAAAAACAAUUCACCCGGAGAUAACGACGGUAAGGGUGAAGUGGACAUUAGUGUUGUGAGUUCGGGAAAUUUACGGAUUCCGCAGUUUUGGCCAAAUAAAAUAGAGCUUUGGUUUAGACUUUUAGAAGCGCAAUUCGCUACGUCGCGUAUUUCAAAAGACGAUACAAAAUUUAAUAUCACAAUUGCUAAUAUUGGUGAAAAAUACGUGGAACAAGUGGAGGACAUUAUUAUUUCACCUCCAGAUGAGAAGAAAUAUGAAUGUUUAAAAAAGGUAUUCAUAAAAAGACUCUCGGAUUCAGAUUCUUCGCGAGUGAGACGACUGCUGGAAAACGAAGAAAUUGGUGAUCGAAAACCGUCACAAUUUUUCCGCGAUUUAAAAAAACUCGCAACGACUUCCGGUCCGGAAGAAUUUAUUUUGACUUUAUGGAAAAAUCGUUUGCCGACAGAUAUCCAACGUGUUCUAGCCGCGUCUAAUAUCGCGGAUGUAAGCUCAUUAAUUGAUACCGCAGAUCACGUACAUGAAAUACCGCGGAAUGCGGGACGGAUUGCGGAAAUUAAAAAAGAUGACGAUUUUUCUAGUUGGAAGGACGAAAUUAAAAAAUUACGCGAAGAGAUUUCCGCGUUAUCCCUCGGACGCGAGCGGAACGAAAACCGCGCGCGGAACCGCAGUAAAAGUCGGAACCGCAGUUCCACUCCGGGACGAAAAAGUGAGUACAAAGAAGAUGGACGAUUUUGCUGGUACCAUUUUCGUUACAAAGAAAAAGCAACAAAGUGCCGUGAUCCAUGUGCGUGGAAAUCGGGAAACGAUCAAAACCGUCAAUAA